GGUCUCAUCUAUCAAUGCUACAUAUAAAAAUACAGUUUUCAUCUAUCCCUGUUACAAGUAAGGGUAGCUUAGAUAUAAGUAUCGUGUAUUCCUUAAACAUUCUUAACAUGAACUGUUCAGUGUUUUACCUGGUUCCUCUCACUCUUUUGAUGAAUGCCUGUACCAUAAAGGGCUUGUGUCAAUCGGAAGACUGCAGCUGUGGUUCCGAUCUGGUUUAUGACUCGCUGUCUGAAAGGUGCAAAGAAUGUCCCCUCGGUUACACUGGAAAAAACUGCUCCAUAAAAUGCCGUUUUCCGAGUUACGGAUGCUACUGCCAGUCAGAAUGUAACUGUCCUAAAGAAGUCUGCAAUGUAUCGACAGGAUGUCCCGGUGAUAGACAGAGGACUUCAUGUAACACAAUGACUGGAAUCUCUGAUAAAUCUGAUCAAGAACCGGGAUCCAAUGGAAAAAGUCUAGAUCUGAAGCGGUCCCCGGGUGUAAAGAUUACACCUGUCCUAAUCAGUAUGGUGGUGGUACUAAUUGUCUUCCUGGCCGCCAUUGUCUGCAGGUACAUGUGGCGGAAGUACGUCGUCAGGAGAAGGAAAAAAGAAGUAAAACAUGUUGAAGAAUUGUUGACCUUCCGUCACCUUGGGGCCACGAACGAUAACUUGUAUGACUUGGAUGAGCUAAAUGGGGAUGUUGACAAUGAGAAAAAUGAAAAAGGUUCGGAAUCUGUUGACGAAACAUUAAAAACUACUGUUACAGUAGCUCCUAAGUCCGGUUGCUCCAACGAAACAAACAAGUACUUUUCCAUGUCUAACAUUAACAAGUCGCGAGGACAAAAUGGGGAUGCUGACGAAGGAUCUAGAAAAACUGAACAAGGGUCAGAGUCUGUUAACAAAACAUUUGAAAAUCUGAAAACGUUGAAGUCUGAUCACUCGGUCGAAACAGUCAAACACUUAUAUGACAAUCUGGGUGGGGAAACCGUUGAUGCUGUUGACAAGGAGAAGGAUGGGGACGUGCAGGAUCCUCUGGUCAACACCAUGGAAAACGACUAUGUCGACUCCUUAGCGUUUAAAGUUGAAAAGAAAAAGUCCUGUCGAGAUUCUCAACAUGUUUAUGAUUCGCUAAAGUAGAUUUCCAAGGAGAGAGAGAGAGAGAGAGAGAGAGAGAGAGAGAGAGAGAGAGAGAGAGAGAGAGAGAGACUUCCAUCGACACACAGAAACAGUUAUGAAAGAUUAGAGGAAAUGAGUCCCUAACUGAUUUUAAAAUAGUUUUCGUGACUUUUACAGUGUUCUUUAAUUUUCUAUCCAUUAAGUAAAGUGAGUAAAUGAUAAUAUCUUUUAAUAUUUUUUUUUAUUACGUUAGAGCAGGCGAUUUUAAAAUGUUGUACAACCUGUUUGCCUAUAUGACAUUUCAAAACAGAUAAUUAGAUAAUUGGGAUCUUAUAAAAAUGUUGUCGGAUAUUUACAGAACACAUCGGUUUCAUGAAAAGUUGAAUAAAUUUUCAUUAAUUUGAUUUGUAUCAUUAGCCACACAAACUAUAUAACCAAAGUGACACAACAAUGCAAAAGUCAAAUUUUAUGUUAGAAAUGUGAAAAAGGGCAAAAUUAAUUUGCGGAAGUUUGUAAAUAAUGUCAUUGUGCAAGGAGGUGUUGUUUUCCCUAUAGCAAUAGCUGGAAAUGAUUUUUGUGUUUUUGAUGAAAGGAAAUAUUUCAAUUGUGUCAAAAGAAAUUUAAUUUCGGAACUUUAUUAACCUUUAUCAUAAUGGGACUGUUUGGCAGUCUAAGUGGAAAAAAUUAAACUGACUAGGCCUAUUCAGAGUAAAAAUAAUUUAUUUAAAAAGUUUGUGAAAGAAUAAAGUACUUUGGAGUACUAUUACACUUUGCACUGAAAACAUAAUAUAUUCAAUUAAAUCUUCCGUAUCUGUAAUAAAACCCAUAAAAUCGAGCAUUUAAUUUCAAAGUACAGCAGUUCUGUGACAGCUGACAGGACACUCUGAUGCCACUAAUAUUUUAAAUGCUUGUAAAUAAUCAAUGUAAAUAUCUAAUUUGCAAUUGUAAAACUGAUUUGAUAUUUUCUUUGCUGUUUAUAUGCACCUGAUUUCUAAUGAACAAAAUAAACUUUCCUUACUUCUCAA